GAACACCCACAAGACACUGGGCAGUGUUAGCAAGUCCCAAGUAUCCUGGGAACCAACAAUCCACAGUCAUAUCCCAGAAAAACAACCCUGCCUGUCUCUGAGGGUGAACGACACCCUCGAAUCCUCGGAAUCCGCUUCGGUUCCGAUCCCUGCAAAACAUCAACGCACUGUUUCGGGCUCCCACUGGGCUCCCGCUGGGGCCUCCUUGAAACGCGAAAGGAUUAAGCUGCGGUGAGUAGGCAGGGUUGGGGAGGUAAGGGAGCAAGAAGCGGGGAAGGAACAAGGUGCGCUUUCCUCUUCUAAUCUUGUUCCAGUCAGGAGUCGUGUACCCAGGCGCUGAUUCCAGCAGUCCAGAGACUCUUCCAGGAACCGCUUGGCAGCCUGGGCCGUGGACUUUGGCUGGUGUGGCGUCCGCUGCUCCCCCCUCCCCUCUCCUCCCUCUAGGCUCCGUGCCUCACUCAGGGGCGUGUCCUGCCCUACCUCCCUGUCACAGUGGUCCACUUAUCCAGUUACAGCAGCAGUUUCAGCGGCCGCGGCGGCAGCCAGAACAGGAGCAGAGAUAGCUUCGGUUUCCAGCGCAGGAGCCGGGGCAGCGGCAGCAGCUCAGUGACCAGCACCUGUGCGAAGCCGGAGUAGCAGGACCGGGGGUGGGGUCGUGAGAGAAGGAAGGGGCACCUCCCGGCCGUGAUUCCACUGCUGGGAAUAAUCUCCAGAGAAGGUGGCACCAAACUGGGAAUACUUACUGGUGGGGCUAAACAUGUGCAGGAACAGCUAGAAGCCUCGCGGCAGGUAAACAUUUGGCUCACGUGUAGACAGGCUAGGAAAGCUGUCUGGGACCAUGGCAGCCUCCCUCCUGGACUUUGGGGAGGUGGAAACUUUCCUGGACAGGCACCCAGAGUUGUUUGAAGAUUACUUGAUACGGAAGGGGAAGCAAGAGAUGGUUGAAAAGUGGCUGCAGAGGCACAGUCAGGGUCAGGGCACUUCAGGUCCAAGGCCCUCUUUGGCUGGUACCAGCAGCUUGGCUCACAGCACUGGCAGAGGUGGCAGCAGCGUUGGUGGUGGCACUGGACCAAAUGCCUCUGCCAACAGUCAGCCCCUUCCUGGUGGCGGGGACUGUGGUGGGGUUCCCCUGAGUCCCAGCUGGGCCAGUGGCAGCAGGGGCGAUGCGAACCUGCAGCGGAGAGCUUCUCAGAAAGAGCUAAGGAAGAGUUUUGCCCGCUCCAAGGCCAUCCACGUGAACAGGACCUACGAUGAACAGGUGACCUCCCGGGCUCAGGAACCCCUGAGCAGUGUACGACGGAGGGCACUUCUCCGGAAGGCCAGCUCCCUGCCGCCAACCACAGCCCAUAUUCUCAGUGCGCUGCUGGAAUCGAGAGUGAAUCUGCCUCAGUAUCCCCCUACAGCCAUCGACUACAAGUGCCACCUGAAAAAACAUAAUGAACGUCAGUUCUUUCUGGAAUUGGUCAAAGAUAUCUCCAAUGACCUUGACCUCACCAGCCUGAGCUACAAGAUUCUCAUCUUUGUCUGCCUUAUGGUGGACGCUGACCGCUGCUCUCUUUUCCUAGUGGAAGGAGCAGCUGCUGGCAAGAAGAGUCUGGUCUCCAAAUUCUUCGAUGUGCAUGCAGGAACCCCUCUGCUGCCUUGCAGCAGCACAGAGAACUCAAAUGAGGUGCAGGUCCCCUGGGGCAAAGGCAUCAUUGGCUAUGUCGGGGAGCAUGGAGAAACGGUCAACAUUCCUGAUGCCUACCAGGAUCGACGAUUCAAUGAUGAAAUCGACAAACUAACUGGAUACAAGACAAAAUCGUUACUGUGCAUGCCUAUCCGAAGCAGCGAUGGUGAGAUUAUUGGUGUGGCCCAAGCGAUAAAUAAGAUUCCUGAGGGUGCUCCAUUUACUGAAGAUGAUGAAAAAGUUAUGCAGAUGUAUCUUCCAUUUUGUGGAAUCGCCAUAUCUAACGCUCAGCUCUUUGCUGCCUCAAGGAAAGAAUAUGAAAGAAGCAGAGCUUUGCUAGAGGUGGUUAAUGACCUCUUUGAAGAACAGACUGACCUGGAGAAAAUUGUCAAGAAAAUAAUGCAUCGGGCCCAAACUCUGCUGAAAUGUGAACGCUGUUCCGUUUUACUCCUAGAGGACAUCGAAUCACCAGUGGUGAAAUUUACCAAGUCCUUUGAAUUGAUGUCCCCGAAGUGCAGCGCUGAUGCUGAGAACAGUUUCAAAGAAAGCAUGGAGAAAUCAUCAUACUCCGACUGGCUAAUAAAUAACAGCGUUGCUGAGCUCGUUGCUUCAACAGGCCUUCCAGUGAACAUCAGUGAUGCCUACCAGGAUCCGCGCUUUGAUGCAGAGGCAGACCAGAUAUCUGGUUUUCACAUAAGAUCUGUUCUCUGUGUCCCUAUUUGGAAUAGCAACCACCAAAUAAUUGGAGUGGCUCAAGUGUUAAAUAGACUUGAUGGGAAACCUUUUGAUGAUGCAGAUCAACGACUUUUUGAGGCUUUUGUCAUCUUUUGUGGACUUGGCAUCAACAACACAAUUAUGUAUGAUCAAGUGAAGAAAUCCUGGGCCAAGCAAUCUGUGGCUCUUGAUGUGCUAUCCUACCAUGCAACAUGUUCAAAAGCUGAAGUUGACAAGUUUAAGGCAGCCAACAUCCCUCUGGUGUCAGAACUUGCCAUUGAUGACAUUCAUUUUGAUGACUUUUCUCUCGACGUUGAUGCCAUGAUUACAGCUGCUCUCCGGAUGUUCAUGGAGCUGGGGAUGGUACAGAAAUUUAAAAUCGACUAUGAGACACUGUGUAGGUGGCUAUUGACAGUGAGGAAAAACUAUCGAAUGGUUCUGUACCACAACUGGAGACAUGCCUUCAACGUGUGUCAGCUGAUGUUCGCGAUGUUAACCACUGCUGGGUUUCAAGAGAUUCUGACUGAGGUGGAAAUUUUAGCGGUGAUUGUGGGAUGCCUGUGUCAUGACCUCGACCACAGGGGAACCAACAAUGCCUUCCAAGCUAAGAGUGGCUCUGCCCUGGCGCAGCUCUAUGGAACCUCUGCUACCUUGGAGCAUCACCAUUUUAACCACGCUGUGAUGAUCCUUCAAAGUGAGGGUCACAAUAUCUUUGCUAACCUGUCCUCCAAGGAAUAUAGUGACCUUAUGCAGCUUUUGAAGCAGUCAAUAUUGGCAACAGACCUCACGCUGUACUUUGAGAGGAGAACUGAAUUCUUUGAACUUGUCAGUAAAGGAGAGUAUGAUUGGAACAUCAAAAACCAUCGUGAUAUAUUUCGAUCAAUGUUAAUGACAGCCUGUGACCUUGGAGCCGUGACCAAACCGUGGGAGAUCUCAAGACAGGUGGCAGAACUUGUAACCAGUGAGUUCUUCGAACAAGGAGAUCGAGAGAGAUCAGAACUCAAACUUACUCCUUCAGCUAUUUUUGAUCGGAACCGGAAAGAUGAACUGCCUCGGUUGCAGCUGGAGUGGAUUGACAGCAUCUGCAUGCCUUUGUAUCAGGCACUGGUGAAAGUCAAUGUGAAACUGAAGCCGAUGCUGGAUUCAGUAGCUACAAACAGAAGUAAGUGGGAAGAGCUGCACCAAAAACGGCUGCUGGCCUCGACUGCCUUGUCCUCCCCAGCCAGCGUCAUGGUAGCCAAGGAAGACAGGAACUAAACCUCCAGGUCAGCUGCAGUUGUGAAAUGACUGCAGCCUGAAGGGCCAGUUUCAGUCCAGCCAUGUCAUCUUUUUGUUCUUUUAGCUCAGAAGACAUAAUGUCUCGAGGAUGCACUGGGAAGUAUGCCUGGGCUUUCACCUUGAUGCGUGGAUGUAAAGGACAAAGGAAGAGUUGAGGCAGGGAGCACAUACCAGGACACUCACUCUUCCCUGAUGGACAUGCAUGGGCUGAAAUGAAGGCUCUGGGUAGAGGACUGAUUUGGAUCCAAGGAACUGUGGACAGUCGGCCCACUCACUCUGAGCUGAGGGAACACUGAACAGUGAAAGUGUCAUUAGCACUGCUUCAUUCUGUAUAUGGCUUUUCUGUUUGUUACAAGCCAAACACUGCCUACUUUUGCUUCCUGUCCCUGAAUCCUUUUUGUACCAGACUGUCCCAAGAAUCCUGAUUUGUAUUCUAUAGAGGUAUUUAAUUUUUAAUCCUAGAGCUUCUUAUUGAUGGAUCCUUUAGAAUUGCCUACCUAAAAGGUAAACUAUGCUAUCCUUAUAGAUACUGAUCAAUCCCAGUUCUCCCCUUAAAAAGGAGUAACGUAAUAGGAGUUCAGCAAAUGUGUUUGAUGGGUAAUUUUACAUUGUGACUAUGUGCUCUUUUCCAGAGUUUUAAAACUCAGCCUUCAUUACAGACCACGUCUUCUCCCAGAAGGAAUGGAUUGAUAGACUUUGAUUAAAGUAAGGGUAGAAGGAAAUCCAUAGCUGGAUUUACCACAAGUGACAUCUAGGAACCAUAGUUCACAGGACACAGCAGAACCAGGGAGACUAAGCAUUGACUACCUUGACUUCUCCUAGUGAGGAGUUCUGGUAUAAAAUUUAGGAUUACUACCAGUAACCAACUUAAAGCCAACUAUUGGGGUCCCUAAUUUUAGAUUUUUCCUUAAGAGUAAGAAAUAAUGCUUCAAAUGUUAAGAAAUAACAGUCUGGGCAAAGAACACAUAUUCUAUAGGAAGCCAGGUUUAUAACAGGUAAGAAUAAACUGUAAUAAGUAGAUGUAAUGACUAGAAAGCUGCUUUGCUCCCUAUUUUGAGAAAUUGUGGACAUGGUGUGUAUUAUCCAAAGAACAGUGGACUAGGAGAUAAAUUUCUAUCCCUAGCUUUGGCAUUAUUGACUGGAUUAACUUGAACAAGUCACUUAACUUCUCCAAGCUUGUUUAUUACAUUAUGUUAGGAAAUGAUUCUUGAACAUGUUUUAACCUUAGAACUCUUUGUUCAAAUAAAUCUUUCAAUGAAUCCCUAACAUAUAAAACAUCAAAAGCUGAAUUCCUCUGUGAAUUAUAGGCAGGAUUUGGAGGUGCAGAACACCUACAAGCCUUCAUCUCUCUGAUUAUAUACAUGGGGGUCCACAGGGACUCUGGGGAGUUUGAAAAUCCCUGGACUAGAUGAAACCUGAGGCCCAUUCUAGCUCUUAAAAAAAUCCAAAAUUUACAAACUGUUUUUCUUGUUAUUGUUAUUAAUUAGUAUCAAUCAUUAACUUUACAAAUAUUAAAGAAAUAGGGGCCUUGUUCUACAAGGGACAUUGUUUUCCUGGUACACAGUAGACAAUUCAGGAAAUGUCUGAAGAAGGAAUGGGUAAAAUUAAGAUACCAAAAUGGAAGUGAGGGGAUAGAAGGUAAUUGUAGAGAAAAAGACUCUUUAUGGCAAGAAACAAAGUAAAAGCAAAAUAUAAACCAGACUAAGGGUUUAUACUUAAAAGCAAGAAGGAGAAGAAAUGUAAGAAGACCAACAAAGGAAAGACAGGGACUGAGGCAGGUGGUCAAGGGAACUGCCAAAAAAAAGGAGAAAGUCAAUCCAAACAGAGAAAAAUAGCACUUCCAACCAAAAAAAUGAAGGUGCAGAACCCUGUCAUCAAUUGCUCAGAAAAGAGAGACACUUGAGCAGGGAGGGGUUUGAGAAAGGAGAGAAGAAAGGAAUGAGAGCCAUAAAAAAUAAUGUUCCUAGCUACCAUUUACAGCUGUCUCUGCAGGGAAGACUGGAGAAACUAGAGGGGAAAAUGAGUGCAGGAAAAAACCGCCUCUGCAGAGCAGGUAAGAGGAGGUUGUUCAGAUUUAUGGAUUUUAUUAAGCCAGUUUUCUGUAUCACUCUGCUAUAAAGGAAAAUAGCUUCUGCAGGGCUGUAUCUCCUCCUUCAGGUGAGGAACAAAGAGUAGGUGGAGUUAGGGACAGAGUCUGGUCUGCGAGAUCAUGAUGUGUCUGCAGCUCAGAAGCACUGCAGGUGUUUCUGGGUAAUGUGCCACAUCAUGUUUAUAUCACAAAUGGGAAUUGAAAAUCAGUCUGUGUGAGGCAGAGAUGAGCCCACAUCUGUCAUCCUCCCCAAUAAUAAAUAAAUAAAUAAAUAAAUAGCCCAGACAAACGGAUGCCAGUCCAUCUAAAGUAGCAUUUUAAAGCAUGUGCAUUAUGACAAAACUGAACCCAGGGUCUGACGAGACUACAGGCUGCCGUGAGCACUGUAGCUAUCCUGCAUGUUGAUGCUACAUAUUGCUAACGGGAUCAUAAUUUAUAGUACAAACCCUACAGCUUCCACUAAGGUUGAGUUUUCCUCUCAUUUUCUUGCCUUUUUAUUGGCUUAACUGCACGGUUGCCAAUAGCAACAUCCACUGGUAGCAAGGGGAGUUCAACACCAUUGCAAUCUGCCAUACAGUGGAGCCCUGACAAUGUCAACCAUCAAUCAAGUAGCUGUUUGUAAUUGCCUCCAUCUAUUUCUCCUGUCUUGAGGUAUCUUUCCUACUGUGGGUCAAGAUUCAGAAACUGCUGACUAAUGCCAUGGGUCUGUUCCUCCAUGAUCAUGAAGCAGUGGAAAGGAAGGUAGCAGCUUCCUGGUGCCAGCAACCCCAGAGAUUAGAGAUUGAACUCUUGCAGAUUUCAGGCAUUUUUAAUCCUUUUCUAAAUAAUUUAUAAUUUUCCAAGAAUGUGAGGCAUAUGCAGUUAUCCAUAUAUUCUGCUUUUCCAAAAAAAGAGAAAGUUUCUUAGUCCUUAUUAUUAAUGUUUAUCUCCUAUUGGAGAAAGACAUUUGAAAUGUGAGCCUUAUUGUAAAAACUCAAACUGACCAGAUUAUGUUUGCUUCCUUGGGUCUCCUGGCAUUAAUGGUUGAAAAAACUUCAUCCCACUUUUUCUACGAGAUAUGUUUUUUUCAGACAUGAUAUUUAUUCUUGCUAGUCAGUGUGUAGCUAAUAUGUGCACAAUCAAUAAUGUAGCAGCAAUCCUGGUGGGUAGGGACAGCUUCACAUACUGCAAAGAGUGCCAUUCAGUACAUAGCAGACUGGAACUCCAUCCUAGCUUGGUCACCAGCUGAACCUGUAAUCCAAGUCUUAGAUUCUCCAUCUAUUAAAUAAAAGCACUGACUUUUAUUUCAUUCCCACACCAAAGGACCAAGAUGUGUUUAGCUUUAAAGAAAUUUUCCAGAUAAUUUUCUUGUUUAUUCUUCUCAAAUAAAAUAGGAACAAACCUAAAACAGUCAUCCUCUUAAUAAAGACACUUAUAAGAAGUUACAUAUAUGGAAUCGAUAUAAACACAAUCAUACUACAGAUGUCUCUUGAGUCUGCCUCUAAUUAUGAUGAAAGCUAUAGUCAUCAAUACAGUUUUUUUUUUUUAAUAUAUCCUUUUUUGAGACAGGGUCUUGCUCUGUCCCCUAGGCUGGCACAAUCACUGCCACUGAAGCCUUGACCUCUCCAAUUUAAGUGAUCCUUCCUGCCUCAGCCUCAUGAGUAGCUGGGACCACAGGUGUGCACCACCACACCCAGCUAAAUUUUGUAUUAUUUGUAAAGACGAGGCCUCCCUAUGCUGACCACACUGAUCUCGAACUCCUGGGCGCAAGCAAUCCUCCUGCCUCGGCUUCCCAAAGUGUUAGCGUUAGAGAUGGAAGUCACCACACCCAGCCCAUAUGUCCUUUGUUUCAUUAAAAAAAUUAGAUUAUCUGAUAUAUCCCAUAAAUGGUAGUCAUUAAUUUAGAAGUGAAUUUAUAAAGUAAGCCAAGAGAAGUUAAAAACUGCACAUGCAUUUUGUUUCUAAAAUCUGACAUGUCUAUGCACUUCCAGCUAUUUUAUAUUUGCAAAUACAGUGGGUUAGAAAUCAUCUUUAACAUUUUGUGUUAGUGUAAUAACAAUAUUAUCUAAUAUUAAUGCUACCAGAAUUCAGUUGCUUUUUCUGUGUAUCAAAAUUUAUCAUACUUUAUCCACUUACACAAGGUGAUAAACAGAAUCUGCCCAAUUUAUUCCACAGCAAAAUUAUUGUAAAAUCUGUUUUUCCUGCUGACUCUUAGAAAUUGCAGAAAGACAAAAACCAGUUUCAUCUCUAUUAAUAGUGUGAAACAAUUUCCUUCCAGUGGGACAGAAAUCUAAACAUAUUAGGGAAAGAUUUAAGUAUAAAGAAAAAUGCUUUGACUGGAAAAAAAACCCACAAAAACACAAAAAGGAUUCAUUAAAGCAAUAGAACAAAACCUAAUUUGGGACCCUAAAAACUCUGGCAAUGCCACGGUAAUGAAGUUUUCAUUAUCUGCUUCAGAGUAACGUCUCUGAAAUUGUUAUUCUGCUACAUGCUGUAGCUAACUCCCAAAACUCAAAUGUAUCAGGAAAUGUAAAGGUUAAGUCUGACUACAAGAAGGCCAAAAUUGCACCAGCUUCCUAAGUGAAGAAUAGCAGAAUAAAACAUACAGAAGGCAGAAAUAAAAUGAGGUGUAUCUGGAGAAUUUCAUGAUGAGCAUUUAGAUUUAGCAGUGCCCAAUGUCACUUACACUGUUUGUCAUGACCUUGUCUUCAGCUAUUAAUUUGGGGUUGUAUAUCUUUUUUUAUUUAAUUUUGAAUGUUCUUGCAUGUUUGGUACAUCUCUCAGCACUGCUAAAGAUUGUUUAUCUAUAUAACAUAACUACACCAAUAUCAUUUAAUGUAUACACUAGUACAAAAAUGUUUUUUUAUUAAAUGAAGAAUUUGCUGUGAAAAAUAUACUAUUUGUGGCCACCAUUUAUAUCUGUGUUCAUUUUCUGUGUGUAUCUGCAUGUGUAUUAGAAUCCCAGUUUUUCUUUUGCUCUAGUUUAGAUUAAGUCAUAUUUAGAUGAAAUUUAAAAACUAGCAUUGGAAAUAGGAGGCUAAGUUUUGUUAAGUGUCAUUCCAUUGGGGGGAAAUUGCUUUUUCCAUUUUAUUUUCGUGUACAAUAAUCUCAAAAGGAUCUCCUACUGACUUCCUUCCUAAUUAUUAUUGUUUUACAUGAAAGAAAGGAAAUAUGUUUUCAGUUGAAUUAUUUGAAAUCAUGCACUUUGUGUAGAUUUCCCAGAUUGAUGUUUCAUUGUAAGAAUAUUACAUUAUAGACCACUUGGCCAUUUCACAAGCAACUAAUCCAUAGUUUUGGAAUUCUGCUUUAAGAGACCUAAAUAUCUUUGUUUUUAAUAAAAUACUUAGAGUUUAA